CUAAUUUUCGUUCGUUUGUCUUUUUUUCAUUCUCUCGUUUCUCUCGUACAGAUUUAUGUCCUAAAAUCUACAUUGUUUGUUUGUGAAGUGAGUGAGUGACAUUUUCAUCGUUUUCCAUUGUUUUUUCGAUAAGCAAGAGAAGAAAAGAAAAAGAUGGAAAACAUUCCAGUUCCAAAAGAUAUAAAAAUUUUGGAAACUGUUGAAGAAAUUCAAGAUCGUCGUCGUACUGUCCUCGGUCAUUAUGAUGCAUUCCGUCAAAAUUCUCGAGUGAAACGUUGUAAAUUAGAAGAUUCAAAACGUUUUCAAUAUUUUAAACGUGAUGCUGAUGAAUUAGAAUCAUGGAUUAAUGAAAAAUUACAAAUAGCAUUGGAUGAAUCAUGGAAAGAUCCAACAAAUUUACAGGCAAAAAUACAAAAACAUCAAGCAUUCGAAGCUGAAGUACAUUCACAUGCAAAUGCUAUUGGUGAAUUAGAUUCAAAUGGUAAUGAAAUGAUUUCGCAACAACAUUUUGCAUCCGAAGUUAUUAAGCAACGAUUAGAAGAAUUACAUCGAUUAUGGGAUAUGCUAAUGAUCAAAUUGAAUGAUAAAGGUUAUAAACUACAACAGGCAUUCAUAUUGGUACAAUUUUUACGUCGUUGUGAUGAAAUUAUGUAUUGGAUUAAAGAUAAAGAAGCUAUUGUUUCAUCGGAUGAUAUUGGACAAGAUCUAGAACAUGUUGAAGUUUUACAAAAAAAAUUUGAUGAAUUUAAAAAAGAUAUGGCAAGUCAAGAAAUUCAUAUUAAUGAAAUUGAACGUGAUGCACAGAAUUUAAUUGAAAAAGAUCAUCCGGAAAAAGAUCAAAUCGCAAAACGUUCGGCUGAAAUCCGUGAUGCUUGGGCUCGUUUGAUUGAACUUCGUCGCCUUCGUGAAGAUAAAUUAUUUGGUGCAAAAGAAAUUCAACAAUUUAACCGUGAUGCUGAUGAAACAAUAUCAUGGAUUAAUGAAAAAGAUGCAAUAAUAUCACCAGAUGAUUAUGGUCGUGAUAUGGCAUCUGUAUUAACAUUACAACGUAAACAUGAAGGUGUUGAACGUGAAUUAAUUGCAUUGGCUGAAAAAGUUGAUCAAUUAGAAAAAGAAGCACAAAAUUAUACGGAAAAACAUCCAGAUCUUCGUGAACAAAUUCUUAUCAAACUGGAUGAAAUUCGUAAUGUUUGGUUAGCAUUACAACGAAAAUCAUCGGAAAGAAAAAUACGUUUAGAACAUUCAUAUUUGUUGCAUCAAUUUAUGGCUGAUUAUCGUGAUUUAAUGUCAUGGAUACAAGAUAUGAAAACAAUUAUUGCAUCGGAUGAAUUGGCAAAAGAUGUUGCAGGUGCUGAAGCACUAUUAGAACGUUUACAAGAAUAUCAAACUGAAAUUGAUGCAAGACAAGAUGCUAUAUUGAAAUUUAAAAAUUCAGGUGAAUCAUUAAUCCAGAAAAAUAUUGCACCUGAUGAUGUUCAACAGAAAUUGGAUCAUUUACAAAAAGAAUAUGAUGCAUUAAUAAAUUUACGUGAAGAAAGAAGAAUCCUGUAUGAACAAUGUAUGGAUUUACAGCUAUUUUAUCGCGAUACUGAACAAGCUGAAACAUGGUUAAAUAAACAUGAAACAUUUCUUCUUAAUGAUGAUCUUGGUGAUUCAUUAGAUUCUGUUGAAGCGCUAAUAAAAAAACAUGAAGAUUAUGAAAAAUCAUUGGCUACACAAUCUGAAACUGUUAAAAAUUUAGAUAAUUUUGCUACACGGUUGAUUAAUGGUGAACAUUAUGCAAAAGAUGAUAUUGAAAAACGAAGACAAUUAUUAUUGAAAAGACGACAAGAAUUAUUGGAAAAAGCAGCUAAAAGACGUAAAAUGUUGGAUGAUUCAUAUGAAUGGCAACAAUUUGAACGUGAUUUUCAUGAAAUCAAAGGUCUAAUGGUUGAAAAAUUAAAAACAGCAAGCGAUGAAAAUUAUCGUGAUCCAACAAAUAUUAAUGGAAAAUUACAAAAACAACAACAAUUUGCACAGGAACUAUCAGCACAACAAAAUCGUAUUAAUGAUUUUAAUAAAAAUGGUCAACGAUUGAUUGAACAAAAUCAUUAUCAAUCACCAGAAAUACAGCAACGUAUUGAUGAAACAAAUGAAUUAUGGGCAACAUUAAUUGAUUUAGGUGAAAACAAGACGGCCAAAUUACAACAAGCAGUUGAACAACAAAAAGUUAAUUUGAUUUCUGAAGAUAUUGAAUUAUGGUUGGCUGAAAUUGAACAUCAAAUCAGUUCAGAAGAUUUAGGUAAAGAUUUAACAUCAGUACAGAAUCUUUUGAAACGACAUAAUAUGUUAGAAGCUGAUAUUGCAACACAUCAAGAUCGUAUUAAUGAUAUUGUUCGACAAACAAAUCAAUUUAUUGAAGAUGGUCAUUUUGAUUCGGAUGCUAUAAGGGAAAAACAAUUGGCAUUGGUUGAACGUUAUAAUAAAUUGAAAAUACCAAUGGAAAAACGUAAACGUCGUUUGAAUGAUGCCCUGCAAGUACAACAAUUAUUUCGCGAUAUUGAAGAUGAAGAAUCAUGGAUUAGGGAAAAAGAACCAGCAGCUAGUUCAACAAAUCGUGGUCGUGAUUUGAUUGGUGUACAGAAUCUAAUGAAAAAACAUCAAGCAUUAAUAUCGGAAAUUAAUAAUCAUGAACAUCGUAUAAAAGCGGUGGAAAAAACUGGUAAUGAUAUGAUCAGGAAAGAACAUUUUGCAUCAAAAGAUAUUAAACGACGAUUGAUUUGGCUGGAAGAACAAUGGAAUGGUCUGAAAGAACGUGCCGCUCGUCGUAAACAAGAAUUAGAAGAUUCUCUUCAAGCACAACAAUAUUUAGCCGAUGCAAAUGAAGCUGAAUCAUGGAUGCGUGAAAAAGAACCAAUUGUUGGUAGUAAUGAUUAUGGUAAAGAUGAAGAUUCAACUGAAGCUUUAUUGAAAAAACAUGAAGCAAUUAUGGCUGAUUUAGAAGCAUUUGAUAAUACAAUACGUUCAUUACGUGAACAGGCAAGUAGCUGUAAACAACAAGAAGCACCAGCUGAAUUUAUACCAGGUCGUGAAGCUGUUGUUGCAUUAUAUGAUUAUCAAGAAAAAUCACCACGUGAAGUAUCAAUGAAAAAAGGUGAUGUUUUAACAUUAUUGAAUGCAACAAAUAAAGAUUGGUGGAAAGUUGAAAUAAAUGAUCGACAAGGUUUUGUACCAGCAGCAUAUGUACGUCGUUUGGAUGAUAAUUUAUCAUCAAGUAGACAACAUUUAGGACAAAAUUCAUUACCAGUACGACAAUCACAAAUUGAAUCACAAUAUGAAUCAUUAUUAGCAUUAGGUCGUGAACGUAAACGUAAACUAGAAGAAGCAUUACGUGGAUUUCAAUUGGUUCGUGAAGCAGCUGAAUUAAGUCAAUGGGUUAAAGAUAAAGAACAAAUAAAUGUUGUUAAUGAUGAAGUUGGUGAAGAUUUAGAACAGGUAGAAGUUUUACAAAAAAAAUUUGAUGAUUUUAUGUCGGAUAUGAAAUCAAAUGAACUUCGUUUAAUUGAAAUGAAUCAAAUGGCAACACAAUUAGCUGAAUUAGGACAAGUUGAAGCUGCAAAUAAAAUUAGUCAACAAGUUGGUGAUUUAAAUCGUAAAUGGGUACAGCUUACGGAAGCAACACAACAACGUGGACAACAAUUAGCAUCAGCACAUGAAGUACAACGUUUUCAUCGUGAUAUUGAUGAAACAAAAGAUUGGAUUCGUGAAAAAGAAGAUGCACUACAAAAUGAUGAUUGUGGUCAUGAUUUACGUUCAGUACAAACAUUACAACGUAAACAUGAAGGUUUGGAACGUGAUUUGGAAGCUUUAUUGGAAAAAGUAAGACAAUUGGAAAAAACAGCUAAUUCAAUUGAAUCGAAACAUCCAGAAUCGGCUGAAAUUACACGGGUGAAACAAAUUGAAAUAAUGGAAAUGUGGUUACAAUUAAAGAAUAAAGCCGAUGAUCGUAAACGUAAACUACAAAAUUCAUAUGAAUUGCAAAGAUUUUUGAAUGAUCAUGGUGAUCUGAUGCUGUGGAUACAAACAAUGAUGGGUUUAGUUGCAUCGGAUGAAUUAGCAAAUGAUACUAUUGGUGCUGAAGCUUUGUUGGAAAGACAUCAAGAGCUAUCAUCCGAAAUUAAUGCCCGUAAACAAACAUUUCAAAAUAUUGAAGAUUUUGGUCAACGUUUAAUACGUGAAAAUCAUUAUGCAACUGAAUUAAUACAGAAAAAAUUAGAAGAAUUAUAUCAUACAUUUCAGGAAUUGAAUAGUGCAUGGGAUCAUCGACAACAUCGUUUACAACAAUGUUUAGAUUUACAAUUGUUUUAUCGUGAAUGUGAACAAGCUGAAAAUUGGAUGGGUAAUCGUGAAGCAUUCCUUAAAACACAAGAUGAUGAUGAUAAUGUUGAAAUCCUUAUUAAAAAACAUGAAGAUUUAAAUAAAGCCAUUCGAAUUCAAGAAGAAAAAAUUGAAAAUCUUAAAAAAUUAGCUGAUAAAUUGAUUGAUAAAGAUAAUUAUGCAAAAGAUUCAAUACGAUCGAAACGUGAUCAAGUUUUGGAUCGUUGGAAUCUUCUAAAAGAUGCAUUGAUUGAAAAACGAUCGAAAUUAGGUGAUUCACAAUCAAUACAACAAUUUUCACGUGAUGCUGAUGAAGUGGAAAAAUGGAUUACGGAAAAAUUACAAAUGGCAACUGAUGAAUCAUAUAAAGAUCCAGCUAAUAUACAAUCAAAACAUCAAAAACAUCAAGCAUUUGAAGCUGAAUUGAAUGCUAAUAAAGAUCGUAUACAACAAAUUCUGUCGAUGGGUGAUAAUUUAAUUGGUAAAGGUAAAUGUGGUGAUGGUGAAGAAGCCGUUCGAGAUAAACUGAUAUUAAUCACUGAACAAUGGAAAUAUUUGACGGAAAAAACAACUGAAAAGACGAUUAAACUGAAAGAAGCAAAUAAACAACGUACAUAUAAUGCAGCGAUUAAAGAUUUAGAAUUUUGGCUAGCUGAAGUUGAACGUUUAUUGAAUAAUGAAGAUGUUGGUAAGGAUUUAAAUUCCGUACAGAAUCUACAGAAAAAACAUCAAUUAUUACAAGCUGAUAUUGAAGCACAUGAAGAUCGUAUAAAAGAUAUGAAUGCAUUAGCUGAUUCAUUGAAUGAUGCUGGCCAAUUUGAUAGUGAUGUUAUUAAUGAAAAACGUAAUACAGUUAAUGAACGUUAUCAACGUGUAUUGAAUCUUGUUAAUCAUCGUCGUAAUCGUUUGAAUGAAGCAACAACAUUACAACAAUUUUUAAGAGAUAUUGCUGAUGAAGAAUCAUGGAUUAAAGAGAAACAACUGUUAGUUUCAUCAGAUGAUUAUGGUCGUGAUUUAACUGGUGUUAAAAAUUUACAUAAAAAACAUAAACGUUUUGAAAAUGAAUUAGCUGCACAUGAACCAAAUAUUCAGGCGAUUCAGGAAGCUGCACAGAAUUUAAUGCUAGAAUCAAAUCUUGGUAAACCUGAAAUUGAACAACGUUUACAAGCUUUGGAACAAUUUUGGUUACGUUUAAAAGAAAUGACAUCAAUUCGUGAAAAUAAAAUUGAACAAUCACUUUCGUAUCAACAAUUUUUAGUUCGUGUUGAAGAAGAAGAAUCAUGGAUAUCGGAAAAAUUACAACUUUUAAAUUUGGAUGAUUUAGGUGAUAGUAUGGCAUCAGUACAAGGUGUUCGAAAAAAACAUGAAUCAUUUGAAAAUGAUUUUGCAUUGCAUAAAGAACGUUGUUUGGAAAUUAUUGCUGCUGGUGAUGUAUUGAUAAAUGAAAAUAAUCAUCAUUCAGAUCAAAUACGACAACGACAAAAUCAAUUACGAGAUCGUUUGAAUCGUUUAGAAGAUGCAGCCCGUAGACAUAAACAAAAGCUGGAAGAUAAUCAUGCUUAUUUGGAAUUUAUGUGGAAAUCAGAUGUUGUUGAAAGUUGGAUUGCCGAUAAAGAAAUGCAUAUUAAUAAUAAUGAUUAUGGUCGUGAUCUAUCAUCAGUAUCAACAUUACUAACAAAACAUGAAACAUUUGAUGCCGGUCUGCAAGCAUUCGAACAAGAAGGUAUACAAACAAUAACCGAAUUAAAAGAUAAAUUACUGGCAUCAAAUCAUGCACAAAGCGAUAUUAUUCAUAAACGUUAUGAUAAUUUAAUUGCACGUUGGCAAGAUUUACGUGCUGCAAGUGAAGCCCGAAAAGCACGGUUAUUAAAAGUUCAAGAACAAUUUAAACAAAUCGAGGAUUUAUUCUUGACAUUUGCUAAAAAAGCAUCACAAUUUAAUUCAUGGUUUGAAAAUGCUGAAGAAGAUCUUACUGAUCCUGUUCGUUGUAAUUCAAUUGAAGAAAUUCGUGCACUAUUGGAUUCACAUCAACAAUUUAAACAAUCAUUGGUUAGUGCUGAAAAUGAUUUUCAAGCUUUGGCUGAAUUGGAUCGUCGUAUACAUAGUUUUAAAGUUGGUCCAAAUCCAUAUACAUGGUUUACAAUGGAUGCAUUGAAAGAAACAUGGUUGAAUUUGCGUAAAAUUAUUGCCGAACGUGAUGCAGAAUUAGCAAAAGAAUAUCAACGACAAGAAAAUAAUGAUAAACUUCGUCGGCAAUUCGCUGCGGCUGCUAAUGAAUUUCAUAAAUGGAUUAAUGAUGCCAGAAUGUGGCUUUUGGAUGGUGGUUCAAUGUUAGAAGGAACUGGAUCACUUGAAGCACAACUUGAAGCAACAAAACGUAAAGCAAUGGAAGUACGUUCAAAACGUAGUGAUUUGAAAAAAAUUGAAGAACUUGGUGCUGUUCUUGAAGAACAUUUAAUUCUGGAUAAUCGUUAUACUGAACAUACUACUGUUGGUUUAGCACAACAAUGGGAUCAAUUAGAUCAAUUAUGUAUGCGUAUGCAACAUAAUCUGGAACAACAAAUUCAAGCACGUAAUCAUUCGGGUGUUACGGAAGAAGCAUUAAAAGAAUUUUCAAUGAUGUUUAAACAUUUUGAUCGUGAAAAGAAUGGAAAAUUACCACAUGCAGAAUUUAAAAGUUGUUUACGUGCAUUGGGUUAUGAUUUAGAAAUAAUACCACCAGGUGAACCUGAUCCACAAUUCGAAGCAAUAUUGGAUAUUGUUGAUCCUAAUCGUGAUGGUUAUGUACAACUACAAGAAUAUAUGGCUUUUAUGAUUUCCAGGGAAACAGAAAAUGUAUCAACAAGUGAAGAAAUUGAAAAUGCAUUCCGUGCUAUUGCUACGGAUGGUCGACCGUAUGUUACGGCUGAAGAUCUUUAUUCGAAUCUAUCGAAAGAAAUGGCCGAUUAUUGUAUGAGCCGUAUGAAAUCGGUUACCGAUCCAAAAACUGGUAAAGAAGGCUAUGAUUAUGUGGAAUUUACCCGAACAUUAUUUCAAACACAGUAAAUCCGGAUCAGAAUUUUUCAAAAUCAAACUUUUUUCUCCCAUUUAAAUAUUCAUAGAUUCAAUUCAUUCGUAGAUUAUGAAUUUUAUAUUAACCCUUAAUCUUUAGUAGAGAUUCUUGACCAAAA